ACGGCGCUAGUAGUGCGAGUACGUCCCGGAAACAUGGCGCCCGAAUGAAGGACGCUGAGCGCGAGUGCCUGCCAGAUCUGUCGCGUUUCGCACACAUCCGCACACAGUCGGCCCGCACGAGGUCGGCCCGCCCGUUCGCAGAAUGAGCAAUCUGUCGCCGUUCGGCGGCGGCAAGAACCCACCGUGGGUCCGCAAUGCAGGACAAGGUAUACAAAAUAUCCAGCAGCAAAUGUUGGGACAAGCCAUGGGCAGUAUCGGAGGGCAGCCUAUGGUGCAAUAUCAGCAGCAGACCCAACAAGUUUACCAACAGAGUCUGGGGUUGCAGCAGCCCAACAUCACCAUGGCAUCCAUGGCAACCCUUGGCUCGAAUUUACCUUCGGGUAUAGCAGGACAGCUGUAUCCGCAAGUCGCCACGGUCUCUUAUCCGACGCCGCGUGCAUUGAACACGAACGCUUUCCAACCCUCGGUGGCCGGUGUUCCGCAACAGGUUCAACAAAACGUCCCUUCGUCGUCGACGAAGCAGAGAGUGUUCACUGGUACUGUUACCAAAGUACACGAUAACUUCGGCUUUGUAGAUGAGGAUGUAUUUUUUCAAACCAGUGCAUGCGUGAAGGGAUCUAAUCCCGUAGUAGGAGAUCGUGUGCUCGUAGAGGCGUCGUACAACCCUUCGAUGCCGUUUAAAUGGAAUGCCACUAGAAUACAAGUUCUGCCUAUGGGGGGUAAUAAUAGCAACAGUGCAAACACCCAGCAAACCAACCAGCCGAACCGUCAGCAGCAGCAGCAACAGCAACAGCCAAAUAGGACAUCCGGCACCUACAAUGCUGUACCUCCUCCCACGGAAAAUUCUAACAACAGACAAGCGAUAUCUUAUCGAUGGAAUUCUACAUAUUGUAGUAGGUUCACAACAAGUACGACAAAUUCCAACACGACCAGCAACCGUAACAAAGUCAGUAGAGUAAGAGAGAGAUCUCCUCGUGAACGGAGAAAUGACGACGAGGAAAUAGAAAGAAAGAGACGCCGCGAAGAGAGAAUAAGAGAGCGCGAGAAGAAGGAGGAACGAAGCCCGUCGAGGACCAGGAGGAGCAAAUCACCGAGACCUCGCCGGCGUACGCGUGUCGUACCGCGUUACAUGGUGCAAAUACCGAAAAUAGCGCUUGACCUGCCUGAAGCAGAUGUUCUUGAAAUAAGAAGACGCUAUCAAAAUAUGUACAUUCCUAGCGACUUCUUUUCCACUAACUUCAGAUGGGUCGAUGCCUUUCCACCGCAUAUGCCAUUUACUCUUAAUAAACCGUGCUCCUUCCAUGUUAUGCAUAAAGAUGUCGAUCCGUGUAGUGAAAAUACAGCGGUACUAGAACCAUCGGAUGCCGAUUAUCUAUUCUCUGCGAAGGUCAUGCUCAUAUCCAUGCCCGCCAUGGAAGAGAUAUACAAAAGGUGUUGUGGCGUUUCCGAAGACAGGGAUCCCGAUCGCGAUUACGUUCACCCCACACGCCUUAUAAAUUUCUUGGUAGGCUUACGGGGCAAAAACGAGACAAUGGCUAUAGGUGGACCAUGGAGUCCCUCGUUAGACGGUCCUAAUCCUGAAAAAGAUCCGUCUGUGUUGAUUAGAACGGCCGUGAGGACCUGUAAAGCUCUUACCGGCAUAGAUUUGUCCAGUUGCACUCAGUGGUACCGCUUCCUGGAACUCUACUACAGACGCGCAGAAACGACCCACAAGUCCGGGCGAGUGGUACCCUCUCGCGUUGAAACCGUCAUACUAUUUCUCCCAGAUGUUUGGAGCUGUGUACCUACCAGAUUGGAAUGGGACGGGCUGCAACUCAACUAUAAGAAACAACUGGAGCGAAAGUUGCUGCGUGCCGCCUCUAAUCCCGACGAUUUGGACGCUGCCAAUGAGACUGAUGAGGCUGCCGCCGCUGAUCAAAAGGACGAAUCGAUGCCCGAGAAAAAGGAUCCUACGCACUAUUCCGAGCUAGAUCCAAAGUCGAUGAAUGUGAACGAAUUACGUCAAGAACUAGCAGCUCGUAAUUUAAGCUCAAAAGGCUUAAAGUCACAAUUGUUAGCUAGACUUUUGAAGGCCGUAAAGUCGGAGCAAGCCAAAGAGGAAGGUCGGCAAGACGAGGCGGAUGAAAACGAAGAGGAUGUCUCGCCACCGUCAAAGGAAGAGGACGAUAAAAAAUCCAGAGAUAAUAAAGAUCAUGAUGAAGACAAGAGAAAACUUUAUGAACGCGAACGUACUGUACUCGAAAAGAGAUAUACCCUGCCUGAUUCAUCGCAUAUUAUUGUUCAUCCAUCUAGAAUGGCUAAAAGUGGGAAAUUUGAUUGUACAGUUAUGUCUUUAAGCGUAUUAUUAGACUACAGACCAGAAGAUACCAAGGAACAUUCUUUUGAAGUAUCUCUCUUUGCGGAACUGUUCAACGAAAUGUUGAUGCGGGAUUUCGGUUUCCGUAUUUAUCGUUCGUUAUCCAGCCUUCCUGAAAAAACUAAGGAGAAGGACGAAGAUAAGAAAAAAGAUAAGAAAGAUGAUAAAAGAGAUGACAAGAAAGACGAUAAGAGGAAGGAAGAUGAGAAGAAAUCCAGUAAGAAGGAUGAAAAACGAGACGAUAAGAAGAAAGAAGAUGCCAAGGAUAAAAAGGAUGAUAAAGAUGCAAAAUGUAAGGUGGAUGACAAAGACCGAGAAAAGGAGAAAAAUGAUGAUGAAGAAGAAGAUGAAGAUGAUGAAUCAGAUGAUGAUGAUUCCGUAAAAGACGGUAGAAGAGACAGAGAUAAAGACGGAAAGAAAAGGAAAACGAAAUUAUACACACAUGAUCCUUACCUUUUACUCUCUUUUGUGUAUUUCGAUCAGACGCAUUGUGGAUAUAUAUUUGAUAAGGAUAUCGAAGAACUUAUUUAUACCCUGGGAUUGAAUUUGUCAAGAGCUCAAGUACGGAAACUAGUACAAAAAGUUGUUACAAGAGAUUCUCUGCAUUAUCGCAAAUUAACAGACAAAUCGAAGGAGGACGACUUGAAAGACGAAAAGAAAGACGACAAGGAAGGUGACAAAGGUGAUUCUAAAGCGGAGAACGAGGAGGAUAUAUUGCGUUCGCUUGCCCUUGGAAAUAAGAAAUUGUUACCUGUAUUUGUGGGUGGCGGACCGCCCUCGAAAAGAGCGCGAAGAGAGGAUUGUAUUUUAGAUAAAGCUGACGAAGAAACGAUUCCGGAAGGUAUCGUUAUGUACAAAGGCUCUUUACUAGAUGUAGAAAAACUUGUCAGUCAGUUGAAAAGAUCUGAGAAAGCGCGUUUAGAUACCGAAGACCGCAUGAUGGAAUUGCAGCACGAGCUAACUGUAGUCAAUGAGAAAUCUGUCAAACAAACUAAUAGUAUUAAGGGUCUUUCAGAAGACUUGAAAAUAUACAAAGAUAAAUUACGGAGCUCAGACGAAAAGCUUAAGAAAGUCUCUGUGGAUUGCCAUACUUACCUGACUGCGGUAAAAAAUAUGUAUCACAUAGCGGCCAAAAUGAUGCAGAGUGAUACGAGGAAGGUAGAGAUAGUAGAAAUUCAAGAUGAAAAGGUUAGCGGAGAGAUAAAUGGCUCCGAGAUGGAGAGCAAAUUUAAAACUGACACCAGGUGGGGAGAUAACAAAGUCCAAGUAAAAAAGGAACCCGAUGUAGACAAGGAUAAGAAAUCUGACAAUAAAACUUCUGUCAAGAGGGAAAUCACCGAAGCGGACAAGGAGAAGAAAUAAAUCACAUUAUCUAUUAUAGUAGACGUCUGCACCGACACGAAUAAAAGUUUAAUUACUUAUUUCACACGCACGUGUGCAUGCACGUGUGCUGUUAGUGACACAAAAAAAAAAGAAAAAGCAGAUGCAACUACCAAGAAGUUCAUCCGAUACCAAAUUACGUGAUCGGGACUCGAUUUUGUAAUCUUUUUCACUCGAGUGAUAUGUGGUGGCAUCUUCAAAUAAUAAUUAAAAAACAAGCACUUAACCAUGCAUAACAGUUUAUAGAUAGGCAAAUAUUUUACGUUGCAAUUUUUCAGAUCAUUCAGAAUAAGUCAAUAAAUUAAAAAAAAAAGAUUUUUUGAAGUACCAUUGAUCUGCCGUUAAGUGCUAGAUAUUGAUACACCGAUAUUUAUCAUUAUUAUAAGUUCAAAACUAUGUUAACACCACAGUUACUUGACUCGGAAAAAAAGUGCAUAAAGGUUUGUACUGGAAGUAAUAAAUAAUAACGCAUACACGCGAAA